UGUUGCAUAAAAUUCAGUCUCAACUCUUCCAUUUUCAGGCUCUUACACUCCUGUGCCACAGAGAUGGCUUCUCUCUCCUCUUGCCUCUGCAACUUCUCUCUCCUCUUCUUCUUGUGUUUCUCUCUCUCUCAAGCCUCCAUGCAACAUAAACUGGAUUGGGCUAUCCCUAACAGCAACGGUACUGAUUAUUUCAACUACUGGGCAUCCCACAACCGCUUCCAAAUCGACGAUACAAUCAAUUUCAAGUACACCAGGGACUCUGUUAUGGUGGUGAAUUCAACGGACUACAAGCAAUGCAACUACUCCAAGCCCAUCAUGUACUUCAACGAUGGAGCGACAAACUUCAAGCUUGAUAGAUCAGGUGAUUUUUACUUCAUUAGUGGAACCAAAGGCCAUUGUCAACGCGGUCAACGCAUGAUAGUCCGAGUCAUGAGCCACCCUGUCACGCCAAGCCCCUCCGCCACACCGCCUGGCCCACCUGCCCCACCUGUUUUGCCAAGCCCUAGUCUGGCCUCAACCGUGGCUACAGCUUCUUCUUUUGCUUCCGUUGCCUUGGUAGUUUUCUCCUGUGGUUUUGUUUUUUUUUAUUCGAUGUGAAUUGUGUUGUCUGUUCUUGAGCAUCUUUUCUUUUUUGUUUGAUGAUAUUUUUGUUUUAGGUGAGUUUUAUUUCUUUCUUUUGGAGUAUGUUUUGUGGUGUGUAAUUUGGAGGAGUCUCUUUUUUUUUCUUUCUUUUUUUUUUCUUUUUUUUAUUGUCCUUUUUUCUUUUACUGUAGUUUUUGUAAUGUGUGUUGUAGUUUGUUUUGGAAAAGAAAAUUGGUAUUGAGACUUUGA